UCUAUCCAAAUGCUACGUUCGUGGCCCCAUGUUGUGUUGAUAGACACAACGUACAAAACGAAUAAGCAAAAGUGGCCCCUUUGCGAAAUCAUUGGAAUGACGCCAACGAAUCAUAAUUUCUUGGUUGCAUUAUGUUUGAUGCGAGAUGAGGCGGCUGUGUCUUAUUCUUGGGUGUUGGAGAGGUUGAGGGAUAUUUACGGGACAGUGCAGACGCCGGAUGUAAUCGUAACGGAUCGGGAUGAGGGUUUGUCUGCAGCUAUUCAUGCUGUCUUUCCAGAUGUACGACAUCUAUUAUGCGUAUGGCAUAUUGGCAAUGACGUGGAGAACAUGGUCGAUAAAUUGUGUGGCGGCAAGAAAAAUCAACAGGGCCAGUUAUUCAGGCAAACAAAAUGGAACCCCUUGGUUAACAGUAUGACGAUCGCCGAUUUUGAAAACAGAUGGGAAGGGAUUGUGUCCACUUGGUCGACUAGGAACCGGAGAGUCGUGCAAUAUUUGGCAGGAACAUGGAUUCCUCACAAAGAGAAAUUUGUGCGUGCGUGGACGAAUGAUUGUUUGCACUUGGGUAACCAGACUACCAGUCGAGUUGAAAGUCAACACUCUUCCUUCAAGUACUACUUGGGUAGCGGUAAUAGCUCAUUCGAUACGCUGUUUAAAAGGGCGCACGCACAAAUUACGAAUCAACAAUCAAAAAUAAGACAAGCUCUUGAGGAAUCUAAGAAUUCCAUUUCAAGAACGUCGCGACUAAAUUUUCUACGACCGUUGUAUCGUCAUGUUUCUAUAUUUGCCUUGGAACUAUUGAUGAUGGAGCACAACCGGAUGCUAACCCUGGGCAGUUGUCUUUUAGAAAAAUGCGGUUGUGUCAUUCAAAAAACCCACGGAUUACCAUGCGCGUGUUACUAUUACUUGUCUAUCAGGUGUAAUGGUGCUUUGUACUUGGACGAUAUACAUCCGUUUUGGAAAACGUUAAAGUAUUUAGAUGCAGAAGAAGACGCGAACGAAGAAGUACGGCACGCAAACGCCGAUGAUAAAGAGUACUUUCAAUCGUUGGUGGAUGAAGUUUUAAAAUCCGACCCCUCAGUACUACGACGCGUCUCUCAGGUAAUUGAACAUGAGCUGCACCCCGAUGGUGACGACAUACCUGAGCCCGAAGCAAGUCCACCGAGGAAAGGAAGACCAAUGACAAGCAGAACCUUGAGGAGAAACAAAAGUGCGUUUGAGUACAGUAGAUCGUCCUCAAGGGGUCGCGGAUCAAGAUCAUCAUCACGCGGGAGAUCCAGUGGUAGAUCAAGCAGCCGGUCGCAUCAAUCGUCAGUUGGAAUUAACUUCAGUUUCAACUUAUCAGAUGGUGCAGCAGGUCGUGAUUUUUCACUUUUUCCGUGGCCAGAUCACAUUCCAUUUAUUCUUCCGCCAUAUCUGUUUGAUUGGAUUGAUGUUAUAGGUGACGGUAAUUGUGGAUUUAGAGCUAUUGCCGCUACAGAGUUAGGGGAUUCGGUGGAGGAAGCUAUAUUCAGAGUUGGUGCCCACAAUAAAGGACCUGCUCCGUACGAUCACUGGUUGGAAGCGACAACACUGUAUUCUGCAGCAACAUUUUUAAACAUAGCAAUUGCGUAUUAUGGCUCUGCGGAUGGUCAUCCAAUGUACAAUUGUUUAGUGCUUCCUUUAAGAAGAACAGGGGGAAUGCAUGGCAAAGACAAUAUCGUAAUAGGAUAUCACUUUGGAGUAGAAUGUGCAACAUACAACGACAACAGCAUAAUAACACCGCCGGAGACGCGGUGA